AUGGUUCCCCGUUCUAAAAUUGCAACCUUGUUGCGGCAGAGCUGGAGAUUGCCGCAAAUCGGUUCUAUAAGACCAUACACAUUUAGUUUAUUUAGAAAUAAUUUAUUAAAUGUGUCGUCGGCACUAUUUGGCGCGCCAACUGGUGGCGUAACGGCGUCAUACGACCGUCUUCCAUGGCUACAGGUUCAAUGGCGUCAUUUUGCCGGCCGGCAACGCGGCCUAAAACGCCGCAAAAGUAAGAAGGAACCUCGGAGGAUACAACAGGCCGUUGGCCGCCGUCUUGAGCUGUUCUACCCUAAGGGCGCAAGGAAGACUCGCGUAAGGCUGAUUCAAAACUCACGCGGUAACGUAGUAUUUGAUCCGGUUUUGCGAAGAUUUCUGGUCAUUUACUACAAACAGGGGGUACAGGUGUUUCGACAAUUUAGAGCUGUUGGAUCUAAAUUCGAAAUAGCACGUUCCCGUGCGAUUGCCUUUGCUAGACAGAUGGCAACUGAACAUCUUAGACGCUAUAAUGCCCGUCCAGGUGCAGUGGAUGGGUCUGUGACCGAUCCAAUAGGCUCUAACUGGAUAAACCUGGAGAACAAGCUUCAGCCUGAUUGUAACCUAAGUGGCGUGCGUGGUGUUUUCUUUGAUACCAAGACGAGUGCCUGGGCUGUUGCGUACAAGGAUGCCGGUGUGAGAAAAUAUCGCCUCUUCCCUACUAGGGAGCUGGGAUUUCAGAAUUCGUAUACACAGGCUGUCGACUUCCUGCGUUUUGCGCUCUACCGCAACCAUCAAUUCCUACACCGAAGGACACGUACUCGGAAGAAUAGACCUAUUUUAAAGCCUUAA